UGAUUUCGCUCUUGCCUCUCUCUUCUAGUGCACUCACUCGCUGGGCUGCCCGUGAGCAACGUUGUCUUCUUGGUCUUCUUGCCGGGGGCAGUAGCGGUAGCUUCAGAGCCUGACAGGAGUGGCUGCCUGUGGGGCAUGGAAGCAGCCUCCCCGAUAGCCCAGAGAGAAGCGAGCGAGCCCCGCUGCCUGUGACCUAGGCGUCAGGCUGCUGUCCCCUGCGUGGGGAGCUCAUCAUCCACAGAGAGGUCUCGCCUUUCCUUCUCUUCCAAGUCUCCCUCUGCAGGGCCGGCUAAAGCCAGGAUCCACACCAGAGGGGACCAUGGAACUGCUGUCCACCCCCCACAGCAUCGAGAUCAACAAUAUCACUUGUGACUCUUUCCGUAUCUCCUGGGCCAUGGAAGAUAGUGACCUGGAGAGGGUCACCCAUUAUUUCAUUGACCUCAACAAGAAGGAAAACAAGAAUUCCAACAAGUUCAAACACCGGGAUGUCCCCACCAAGCUCGUGGCCAAAGCAGUGCCUCUGCCCAUGACAGUGAGAGGCCAUUGGUUCCUGAGUCCCCGUACAGAAUACAGUGUGGCUGUGCAGACAGCGGUGAAGCAGAGCGAUGGGGAGUACCUGGUGUCUGGCUGGAGUGAGACUGUGGAGUUCUGCACUGGAGAUUAUGCCAAGGAGCACCUGGCCCAGCUGCAGGAGAAGGCUGAGCAGAUCGCUGGCCGCAUGCUCCGCUUCUCCGUUUUCUACCGCAACCAUCACAAGGAGUACUUCCAGCAUGCCAGGACCCACUGCGGGAACGUGCUGCAACCUUACCUGAAGGACAACAGUGGCAGCCACGGCUCCCCAACCAGUGGCAUGCUGCACGGUGUCUUCUUCAGCUGCAACACGGAGUUCAACACAGGCCAGCCCCCACAGGACUCCCCUUAUGGCCGCUGGCGCUUCCAGAUCCCUGCCCAGCGCCUCUUCAACCCCAGCACCAACCUCUACUUUGCGGACUUCUACUGUAUGUACACAGCCUACCACUAUGCCAUCCUGGUACUGGCACCCAAGGGCUCCCUGGGGGACCGCUUCUGUCGUGACCGGCUGCCCCUCCUGGACAUUGCCUGCAACAAGUUCCUGACCUGCAGUGUGGAAGACGGAGAGCUGAUCUUCCGCCACGCUCAGGACCUCAUCCUGGAGAUUAUCUACACCGAGCCUGUCGACCUGUCCCUGGGCACGCUGGGAGAGAUCAGCGGGCACCAGCUCAUGAGCCUGUCCACUGCCGAUGCCAAGAAAGAUCCCAGCUGCAAGACCUGCAACAUCAGCGUGGGCCGCUAGGGACUCCUGGGGAGCUGGCGGCCUGGGGAGAGAUGGCAAGAGAGCGGGGAUGUGUGGCUUAGGUUUGGGGAGCUGGCUUUCUCUUCCUCCCCCUGCUCCCUCCACUCUGUCCAUCUACCCUUCCCCCACCCCGUUGUUGGCGACAACAGAAGGUAGUCCUCUUGUUAGCCUGGCCCAUUUCAGGCCUGGUGGAUUUGGGGUGGGGGCGGUUCACGGCAGGAGAUGACUUCCUUUUCUGUUUUUCCUCUUCUGUUUUUGGGCCUCAAGCAGGCCUCUAUUUCCCAAAGUCCUCCCUGUCUCCUGGGCCAAAGCCCGUGUGCAACCUGGCCUCCACAUAGAUGCAGAAAGUUGUGGGGCACUUCCUUCUUAGCCCCACCCACCCCACUCAGGGCCACCCCAGACAGCCCCCUCCCUACUCAGCUGGGCCCCAGGUCUUUGACUCCUCCAGGCCAGGACCCUCCCUCUAUAAAUAAGUUCCUGCAUUGCUGUCUCACCCUGGCUGCUCCUCCCCCCCACCCCCAGAGCCCUCUUCCCGCAUGGGAGAACUGUCCAUCCUUUCUGUCACUGUCACCAGCCCGCUUAAGAUACCUUCCCACUCUCCAGAAAAGUACCCUCUCUCGUUUCCUAGUUUGGAGGGCUCUGGGCUCUUGAGAUUUUACUUUCUUCUGUCUGGGGAUGAUAUAUUCCUUGGCAAACCUUCUCCCUCGCUUAGAGAGCACAAGGGCCUAAAAGGGGGGGGAACAGCUGCUGGGGUCGAGGAGGGGGAAGGAGACCCCGAGACCUAGUCCUCAGCCAGAAGUGGGCCACCUUGUGUCUUGAUGGGUCUGACAGAGCCAGAGAACCGAGUGUGGCCCGCAGAGCCCUGGCAUCCUGCCCAGCUGUGCAUUUUGCUCGCUCCCUCGCCCGCUCUGCCUUCGAGUCAUGACUGUUCUGUGCUGUGUGUGAGCCCGACUGUGGGCUUCUCCGUCACGCAACCUCCUGCCCUAUCUGGGCUGUUCCCCUGGGGAGUUCUUGAUGAGUCCCCCCCCCACACACACACACACGGUUUCCCAUGUGUUCAUUUUGUUCCUGCUGUUGUCUGGGUCAGGAGGGCGGUGAGAGUGGGCAGGCAGGUGGGCAGGUAGAGCAGAGGGAGGGCAACGUCACCGUCACAUUUUCAGAGGUGACAGAUGACACACAGGCUGCUGGAUUUCUGUGAAGGACAGAGGAGCUGGCAGGCCCACAGGGCCAUCCCUCUGAGGGACAGGUGAAUGGCUGGUCUCCAGAGGUGGUGCUGGUGGACAGCAAGCACCUCAUUGGGAUGGCACAGGAGGUCCGGGAUCCUGGGAAAUGUGUGUACAAGAGGAUCUGACCCCUAAGCCCCCCUCCCUCUGCUGACAGCACUGCUGUGGGCGUGGCCUGCUGCCUUGUCCUCUGUCCCUGGGUGGGGCACACCCUCCUGUGCUGUGCUUGCCAUGUGCAUCAAUAAACCACCAUGGCCCAAGGGCUC